CCUGUCGGCCGGCGAGCUGAUAGAGCACGUCCGCUGAGCCCCGCCAGCUGCCGAGCGCUUGCAGCAGGCACGGCGACGCUAUGGAACGCCUUGAUAAAGCGGCGCUGAACGCGCUGCAGCCGCCUGAGUUCAGAAAUGAAAGUUCAUUAGCAUCCACCCUGAAGACGCUCCUAUUCUUCACGGCCUUAAUGAUCACUGUUCCGAUUGGGUUAUAUUUCACAACUAAAUCUUAUGUAUUUGAAGGCGCCUUUGGGAUGUCCAAUAGGGACAGCUAUUUUUAUGCUGCUAUUGUGGCAGUGGUCGCCGUCCAUGUGGUGCUGGCCCUCUUUGUGUAUGUGGCCUGGAAUGAAGGCUCACGACAGUGGCGCGAAGGCAAACAGGAUUAAAGUGAACAUCACCUUUUGAUAACAUUAAAGUGGUUUUUUUUAAAAUGGUAAAUGCUUCUGGGGGCAUCAAUGAUUUUGAAUAAACUUGAAAGAGUCACGUUUGAAUAGUGUAAAUUUUGAUCCUUCUAAUCAGUAGUUUGUAAAAUCUGCUUUAACUGUGUGAGUCUCUCAUUUGCAAAUGAGAAUUUAGAAAAGUCAAAUUAGUUUACAGAUAUGUUAAAUUAGCUACACAUUCUGGGAAGUUUUUGAUUAUCUUAAAGCAAAUGAAAAUGUUUCAUAGCAUUUUUGUCUUACAGUUGCUUUUGAGUUAUUAAGAUGUUCACAGUGAAGCAGAUCUAAACUUGAUCUUAUGCUGGAACAUUUUCUCUAACUGUCAUGAAAAUGCCAGUUCCUUGGACUUGGAAUUUUUAUUUCCUGUGGAAAGUUGCUUAAAUUGUAGACACUGGAAUGAACUUGAAUGUCACUGAGGAAUUUCACAUAAAGUAUAAUCCCUGGUCAGUAGGAAUCUUGCAUUACGUUAUUAUGUGGGGUAGCUGGGCUAAUUCCCACCGCUUCAUAUGAAAGGUGUACAGAGGACAUAGAGCAAAGCGAAGAGCUGGCUGCUCAGCACUCAGCCAGCUUUGCAUGGGUCCUUUGCAGGCUACCUUUGUGAUUUGUAGACGAACCUUUAGAUGAUAUGCGUUGCUCUCUCAUUCAACACUGAAGUUAGGGAAGUUAGGCUACACUUACAAGGUGUGCUGGAACUCCGUUUAAAAUAGUUUUUCCUCCUGUGUGUGUUUUUUAUUAUUAUAUAUAAGAGGAAUUUACACAGAUGUGUCCAUUUUUACAUACAUUGGGAGAAUAAACAAUCCUAAAACAGCCUGUUUCUAUCACUUAGGUAUUCUCCUUGGUAUAGCUAGUCUAGUGGUCAUUUUCAUCAAAGUUAAGUUGUGGCCUAUAAACGUCUAUUUUAAUCCUGGAGAUCUUUUGUGAUGGAAAACAAAACCAAAAGCCCUGUAAUUUGACUUUAGUAUCCUUAGCCUGUGUCCUUGGCAGCGCCACUCAGUGCUGUUGCUGUGCAAUCUAAAAACACUUCCUGAAAUGUUACUUCUUUUACUAUAGAACUGUAAGAUAUGUUCUCUGUAGAAAAUGGGGGAAAAAGCAUGCAUAUUCAAAUAGGAAGAAAUUUAUAGUUUCCCACAUUUUUCUUCCUGUAGAUAACCACUAUUUUGCUUUACAUCCUGAGUGCAGACUGGAAGUUUGACUUAAGUUAAAGUUCUGCCAACUUUACCCGACAGCUGUUUGUAUUAUUUCAGACAAGUGACUGUUGGCCAUUUUCUGAAAAAGUGUAUUCUGCCUUUACUCUUUUAAAAUUCAGAUUUCCUAUUACUGAUCAUCCUAAUGCAAUGACCCUUGUUUCAGUGUUGGCCAUUACCAACUUAUUUGUUGUCCUUUUUAAACUUAUAGAACUGAGCUAAAAGAAUAAAGAGAUGGUUAGGCAUAAAGGUUCAUUAGGCAUUUGUGUUUCUUUAAUUGUUGAGAAAAAUAGAAGAUUGGUAUGAUUACUAUAGGAAUGUUUUUAAUUCUUAGAGUUAAGCGUUAUCUACAGUUUAAAUGUCUUCAAGCAGUUAUCCUAAAUGUAAAGUGUUUUUUGUUUUGUAAGGCCUACAAUUUCAUGUAAUAAUAUUUGAGUCCAGGCUAUUGGGUUGUAGAUUUAUAGAUGUUUCCUCUAUAGAUGCCCUGUUAUACUUAGAAUUGUCUACUUAAUUUCUUUUUAUAUAAUGCCAAGGCUUUUCUUGUACUUUUGGUAUCUCUUGCUGUUUGUAAAAUAUUGAUGUCCAUUGUUCAAUUCUUUGGUUUGGUUUCAGACAUUUGCUGAGUAGAUAACGAUAUGGGUAUUUUCCUGCAAUUAUUUAACCCAGGGAUACAUGCAGUUAUAAUUUUCUCUUGGAAAAAAAAAAACCACGUGUUUGAAAGUUGAAAUUGUAUGUUAGGAUUGAUAUGUAGGAUUAUUACAAAAUAGGCUUAUUUUCAAAGAACUUAGUUUUUUCCUAGACUUUGAACUGUUUACUCACUAGUUUGCUGCUCUUCUUAACUAUGUUAAGUAACACGGUAUUUGACAAAUAGAUUUAUUUUUAAAGAUAAUCUCACUGGUUUCUUCUUGCACAAUGUAUAUACUUCAAUAUGUAUAGAAAGGGAAGCUACAGGUGAGCUCUUAUAAAUGUUUUAAGGUGGAAAUAUGUUCAUUGUUGUUUGAAAACUGACUGUAAGAAUAGCCUCAAUUAGGAAGUGUAACUUCAAGUGUCAACCCAAGCUACUGAUUGAACCUCAUUUACUGUAGCACAUUACCCUCCUCAUCACCUAUUUCGCCCCCCAGAAUGUCAUCCUGUUUCCCUCAUUGUGAUGAAUAAUGAAAAGUGCUGUAGAAUGCAUCUGAAUCUGAUGUCAUAAGCUUUUCACAUGGAUACCAUUUUGCAUAUAGAGCAUUAGAAUUUGAUUCUUGGUGAAGACAUUUAAACCUGCCAUUAAAAACACUCCUCUGUUCCUGGGAUUUUAACAGAAAUGCAUUGUAAUUAUAGGAAUGUUUUCAUUGUAAAAAUUGCAUUCACUUUGCUGAAAGAAGCAACUGGUUGAAUUGCUUGGUGUUUAUUUUCCACUUUCAUAUAAAUUUUAGAUAAAUAGAGUACCCAAAGGAGACCAGUAAAAACAGUCAAAACUGCAAGUACAUGAAAUAAAGGAUUGGAGUCCUAUUUUAAAUGUUUCUAGUGUGUAUUUUUUUGUCCCAAGCCAAGUUCAUGUGUAUUGUUUAAUUUAUGUCUUAAGUGAAGUUGUAGACUAUUGUUAGACCCAUUUGAUAAAUGGUUCAACUAUGGCACAGAAUUUGUCACUUGUCUUAGGGCAAUGGCACGUUUCUUGUCUGUCAGAUGCUCUGAGUUGUCCACCUGAGUACUACAAAAUUAAUUUGAACUCUUAUGUUUAAGAUAAUUUUAUAAGAGCUGGACUGAAGUAGCACAUUGAUACCUUGACAAGAUUUCUUUUUCCUUUUCAAGGGUAAAGGGUCACCUUAAAAAAUAAAUUGCUUCAGGGACUUUAGAAACCUAAUAAUAAAUAUCACAUGUAAUUUAUGACUAGUUUAAUCCUUUAUAUAUUCCUUAAAAUAGCCUGGAAUUUCUCGACAUCACUCCUGGCUACACUUGCCUGAGUUGUUGCUGUGUGUACUUGAAAGUAAAAUCUGCAUUCCUUUUAAGAUGUCCUAUAAAUCAUAUUUGUCACUUAUACAGGCUAAUCUUCCUUUUCCCCAUGUUCAGUGAAGUCUCACUGAACAGUAAAAAUAGCAAUAGCAAUAGCUAACAACAUCUGCACAGCACCUUACAGUUUGCAAAGAACGUUCACACAUUCUCAUUUGAGUUUUGCAUAGUGAACCUGUUACAAGAUGUCUUUUGACAUCGAUACUAAAAGUGUUAGAAUCUUUAAGUCAGUAGAGUCAUUGACUGUGCUGUAGAAUCGAGUAGUGCCCUGACUAGGGGGAAGAUGUAGAUGCACUACCUAUCAAGCUGUGUAAUUACCGAAAUGGGGGGCUUGAGUUCUUUAGCCACUUGAAUCAGAAUUACUUUUAUAAGUGAUGAUUUUCUAACCAUUAUCUGAAUGGAUUUUGUAUUUGUUAUAUCCUAACCUGUAAUUUGUAUAAAUCACCAUCUGUUGUCAUUAAAAAAGUGUCUAAUACCA